UGCGCGGGGUACACAAGUCAGACGGCCUGUUUGGCGCUCGGUCUUGCUGUAUUGUAUACACAGAAUACAUUAGUUUUACGUAUAGUUUUCUCGCAACUCGACCUAUCGUACAAAGAGGGUCGCCCCUCUUUUUAUUUUCCUGUGUCGAUACGUAUACAUUACAUUUAUUUGUGAAAAAUAUAGUUAAAAAUACCAUAAUAUAAUGUCGGCGAUAGGUAAAAUAGUGCCUAAUGUAUCGGCAUGGAACUUCUCUAAAAUAAGCGCCGCGUUACAAAGUGUGAAAUCGAAUAGGAAUUAUUUUACGUAUACGCAAGAGUUAUCGCAGCCUUUGGACCGAAAACCUGAGUUUGUAACAGCUAAGCAGGCGUUCGAAAAAUGUUUAAAAUCAGGGCAAACCGUGUUCGCCCAGGGUGCAGCGGCCACGCCAGUGCCGCUACUCAAUGCUAUGACGGAGGUCGGCAAAGCAGGCUCCCUCAAGGACAUUAAGGUCGUUCAUAUGCACACCGAAAAAGAAGCCGCGUACGUUGCCCCGGAAUGCAAGGACAUAUUCAGGUCCGUCUCUUUGUUUAUGGCAGCCAACGUCCGUAAGUCAGUAGCCGAAGGACGUUCAGACGCGAUACCAAUCUUCCUGCAAGACAUCCCCAAGCUGUUCCAUAGGAAGAUCAUUCAACCUGACAUCGCUAUCAUUCAGGUUUCGCCCCCAGACCAACAUGGAUACUGCAGCUUGGGCACUUCCGUGGAUUGCGUGAGAUCAGCUUUAGUCAAUUCGAAGAUCAUCAUCGCCCAGAUCAACGUGAACAUGCCGCGCACGUUCGGCGACGCCAUCAUGCACGUGUCGCACGUGGACUUCGCGGUGGAGGACAACUCGCCGCUGCCCGAGCACGGCGGGAAGGGCGCCAGCGCCGACGAGACCGAGAUCGGCCGCCUCAUCGGGCAGCACCUCGUGGACGACGGCGCCACGCUGCAGAUGGGUAUCGGCAGCAUCCCGGACGCCGUGCUGUCGGCGCUGAAGGACCACAAGGACCUCGGCAUACACUCGGAGAUGUUCAGCGUCGGCGUUAUCGACCUCGUCAAGCGAGGUUGCGUCACCAACAAUAAAAAAAAGAACCACAAAGGGCGUAUUGUAGGUAGUUUCCUCGUCGGCAAUAAGGAAUUAUAUAACUUUGUAGACAAUAAUCCUUUCAUUGAAAUGUUGGAGAUUGACUAUGUGAACAACACGCACGUAGUAUCCCUGCAACCCAAUAUGACUGCAAUUAACUCAUGUAUAGAGGUUGACCUCACAGGACAAGUGUGCGCUGAUUCUAUCGGCACGCGCAUGUUCUCGGGCUUCGGCGGGCAGGUGGACUUCAUCCGCGGCGCGGCCGAGGCGGUGGACGGGCGCGGGAAGCCCAUCAUCGCGCUCGUGUCCACCACCAAGCGCAACGAGUCCAAGAUCGUGCCCACGCUCAAGAUCGGUGCUGGUGUUGUAACAAGUCGUGCUCACGUCCACUACGUUGUCACCGAACAAGGAAUUGCGAAUCUUUUCGGUAAGACUCUGAGACAACGCGCCUACGAACUUAUCAAGAUAGCUCACCCAGAUCAUCGUGAAGAACUAGAGAAAGCUGCUUUCGAACGUCUCAAAUGUAUGCCUGCGCCCUAAACUAUGGAUAAUUUACAAUCCAUAGACUAAAAUGUUGCCAGUGUAGAAAAUACAAUGCAAUAUGGUAGUUUUCAUUUGUUACUUUUAGAAGUAACAAUGAUAAAAAACUUGUCUUGUUUGGUACGCAAAUAUUAAAUUUCGAAUUUAAAAAUGCAUUUGACACGUUAGAUAGAGCGUUAGUUGUGGCCUAAUCAUUACUGAGAUUUAACGUAGCAACGAUUUUAGCACGUAAAUCAUAUUUAAAUUUUGUAUCACACGACUAUGUAGAUUUAAGAAUAUUUUUUGCGAAGUCUUAUAUUUUAUGGUUAAACCGCAGUCUAACAUUUCAUAUAUUUUUAUGUGAGUGUUUAUGUUACUGUUUAAAAAAUGUAAAAUAAAGGUUUCAACUGUA